AACGUCACGUCCGCACUUGAACUUGAGUUUUCUCCCAUCGUAGAAGCCAGAGAGCCGCACAGAGCCGCACAAAGCCGCACACAGUCCGGGGAUGCGGGACUCCGCAGCUAGCACAAAGAGAAAAGAGGGUGGCAGUCUGUCCUCAGACCAGUACUGGGCUUUGACUUGAAGAGUUUCAGUCUAACCCGCCCGCCCGGCCGGCACUGUCAGUGCAGCAGUAGAAGUGCCCACCACUUGGCGACAUCUCGUGAAGUGCCGAGAAGAAAAUUGGAUUCCUAUUUUACACACGUUCAGACGUUAAUUGACGUCCUGUCACCUGCUUUCUCCACACAGGAACGGGCAGCGUCCAGGGUGGCCGGAUAGUGGACACAGGUAGUGAGUGACCAUCAGGAGGUGACCGCCGACCUCUCGCGUCUUGCCGCGUCUCCAUCUCUUCCACUCCGUUCCUUUUUCGGCUCUCCUCUGACAGAUGGUGUGAAGGCGGUGGAAGGAAGAGCCGGACUAUCCCCCUCCCUCACCUCCACUGCGACCGAAGAAGGGAGGCGAUCAACCACUUUGGCACCGAGCUGCGAUCGAGCGCCCGGGCGCCCAGCGCUGCGCCACGGCCGGUCACCGCAGAGCGCAGGAGCCGCUGCCCACUGAAGAGAGAUCCGUCGCGCAGGGGGUCAGUUCGAGGGCCGCAUUUGAGGCCAGUGCACGGCGGUCAGUUUGGGGUGGCCAGCGAACGGCUGCUUUUGUGGCCAGUUUGGCCAGUUACAGGAGCAGCAGCAGGAGGAGAAGGAGAGCCGACCCUUCCAGCGCCGCUCUCCGGGCGAUGCCAGUGUAAAUGCCAGGGCAAUGUCCCGACGCAAGCAGGGGAACCCGCAGCACCUGUCCCAGAGAGAAAUAACACCGGAGGUUGAGCAUCCAGAUGGCGCUCUGCUCUCCGACUCCCUACCCCCCCACCCACUCGGCCUGCCCUCCCAUCCACUUGGCCUACCUCCCCACCCUUUGGACCCCAGCUUGGCCCACACCCUGCCGCCUGGCCUCCAUGCCGACCACGACCUGCUGACCUGCGGCCAGUGCCAAAUGACCUUCCCGCUGGGCGAUAUACUCCUCUUCAUUGAGCACAAGAAGAAGCAGUGCCAAACACCGCUGCUGGCCAAUGGCUGCUAUGACAAGAUGAACGACCGAGGAGGAGGAGGAGGAGGAGGAGGAGGAGGAGGACAAGGAGGAGGGAGUCCAGCUCUGCAGAGCCUUCAUCACUAUGCCCAGCGGGUGGAGCUACGGAAGGUGGUGGAGCCGGUGGAGAUCGGAAUCCAGGUGACACCAGAGGAGGAGGAGGAGGUGGUGGUGGGAAGACGAGGGGAAGGAGGUGAGAGGGGAGCGAAGACGCCCACCAAAGGAAUUUGCCCCAAGCUGGAGAACACACUGGCUGGUGGCAGGGACGAACCCUCCAGCUACAUAUGUACCACCUGUAAGCAGCCCUUCCCCAGCGCCUGGUUUCUGCUGCAGCAUGCCCAGAACACCCAUGGCAUUCGCAUUUACCUGGAGUCUAACCCCUCCAGCACAGCCCUCACCCCUCGUCUUACUAUGCCUCCACCCAUGGGCAACGACUCCAUCCCGCAGUCCCCCCUCACCAACUUUCUAGGGGACAGCAACCCCUUCCACCUCCUGAGGAUGACAGGGCCCCUGCUCAGGGAGCCCCCUCCAGGCUUUGUUGAAAACCGUCUCCCCAACACCCCUCCAUUUGUCAGUCCGCCUCCCCGCCAUCACCUGGACCCCCAUCGGCUGGAACGCCUUAGUGCCGAAGAAAUGGGGCUCAUCUCCCAGCACCCCAGUGCCUUUGAGAGGGUGAUGCGGCUAACACCCAUGGCCAUGGAGUCCCAGUCCAUGGACUUCUCCAGGCGGUUGCGUGAGUUGGCAGGGAACACUAACAGCACCACACCACCACUGUCACCUAGCAGGCCCAACCCUAUGCAUCGACUACUAAACCCCAAUCCCUUCCAACCAGGGCCAAAAUCACCCUUUCUGAGCACCCCUCCCUUACCGCCGAUGCCCCCAAACAGCACCACCCCUCCCCAGACACAGAACAAGAUCAAGUCCUGUGAGUUCUGCGGUAAGACUUUCAAGUUUCAGAGCAACUUGGUGGUGCAUCGGCGCAGCCAUACUGGAGAAAAACCAUACAAGUGCCAGCUGUGUGAUCACGCCUGCUCUCAGGCAAGCAAGCUGAAGCGCCACAUGAAGACCCACAUGCACAAGGCUGGAUCCCUGACGGGGCGCUCCGAUGAUGGCCUGUCCACCACAAGCUCCCCAGAACCAGGCACCAGUGAUGUCACAGGUGAGGGCAUGAAAAAUCGGGAUGGGGACUUCCAUGGGGAAGGCAAUGAGGAGGAAGAAGAGGAGGAAGAGGAAGAGGAACUUGAGAAUGAGAGUAGACCAGAAUCAAACUUCAGCAUGGAGUCUGAGUUCUACCGGAACAGGGAGAAUGGUUCUAAACCUCCUUCAGAAGAGAAGUCAUCACUUACUCUUGAGAAGAUGGUGGAAAGUGGGGGGCUCAAUUCUAUACAGCAGUACAAUAAUUUGAUAGUUGACAAUCGAAAAAGGAUGCCCUUCUCGAAGAGGGGCUCGGAUGGCCAGCGGGACACUGGAGAUGAGGAUUCAGUGGCUGGGGAGAUGGAUCACCACCACCACCACCAGCAGGAAGAGAGGACAACCAUUAAUGGCCGGAACUGUGGCUCCGGUGAUUCUUUCUCAGGCCUGUUCCCCCGUAAGCCCACCCCUAUCACCAGCCCAACCCUGUCCAAUUCCUCAAACAAGAGGAUCAAGAUUGAGAAGGACUUGGACAUUCCUCCAGCACCCCACAUCCCUUCUGAGAACGUGUACUCCCAGUGGUUAGUGGGCUACGCUGCCUCACGCCACUUCAUCAAAGACCCUUUCUUAGGCUUCACUGACUCCAGACAAUCGCCCUUUGCCACCUCUUCUGAGCACUCAUCAGAGAACGGAAGCCUGCGGUUCUCAACACCUCCAGGUGACCUGCUGGAUGGCGGCCUGUCUGGCCGCAGUGGUACGGCCAGUGGGGGCAGCACACCUCAUCUAGGUGGAGGUGCCGGUCCAGGUCGACCUAGCUCCAAGGACAGCAGGAGGUGCGACACCUGUGAAUUCUGUGGCAAGGUGUUCAAGAACUGUAGCAACCUGACAGUGCACCGGCGUAGUCACACUGGCGAAAGGCCCUACAAGUGUGAGCUGUGCAACUAUGCUUGCGCCCAGAGCUCCAAGCUCACACGUCACAUGAAAACACAUGGCCAGCUCGGUAAAGAGGUCUACCGCUGUGACAUUUGCCAAAUGCCCUUCAGCGUGUACAGCACUCUGGAGAAACAUAUGAAAAAGUGGCAUGGAGAACAUUUGAUGACCAGCGAGGUCAAAAUUGAACAAGCAGAGAGAGCCUAGAGCAAGUUCUGUAUUUCCAUACUCUGCACCACACUUUGACUUAAAAAAAAAAAAAAAAAAGGGGGAACCGGAAUCCUUUUUUUAAAAAAAAAAAAAUAUUAAUUUUGGGUUCAUUUUGUGUUUUUAUUAAAAAAGAAAAAAAACUGCCAACUGAGAAAAUAGUGAAAACAGAGAUCUUAACAUCAGCUGAAGUUGUCUAAACUGCCUCCUUUGGCAUUCAUUUUUAAACAAUCAGUCAGUUGAGUUAUAAAAUAUGUGGAGCCUUUAACUGUGCAAUAAUUUCUGUAUUUAUUGGAUUUUGUAUUUUGGCAUGUGCAGGUACACUUUUUUUAGGCUUUUUUUUUUUUAUUGGUUUUACUUUGAUUUUGCGUUAUUCUAUUUUUUAUUUUUUUAUUUUUAUUUUUAAAACCCACAUAAUAUCCUGAGAGUUCUUUAGAGGUCAAAAUCCAUUUUAAGUCUUCUUUUUUGGCCACUGCUUGUAGGAAAUUGUAUAUUAAGCUCAUGUGUAAUUUCUUGAAAAGAUGCUGAAUUCAAUCUUCAAUUUAAAAGUGGCGUUAACUGAGAAUGCUAGAUUUAGUCUAUUUUGUGUGAUGACGAUACGCGGACAACAAUCCUUUGGCAUUGUAGCAUGAACUGACUCUAAAACAUGUCAAUAUAAUUGGAUAUGUAGCACUGAGUGUCAUAUUUGACAGUAAAUAUAAAACGAAAGAGGAUCCCAAGGUUCAUAAACCCUGUCUCCUCAUGAGAACAUCCUAACCAGCCAGAAGAAACAGAUUCUAGAUAAGGCAGCUGCUGACUGGUACGAAGUGCCAAGCUCUGACAACGCUACGACAACCAUCCCAUUUCUUCGACUUCCCACACACUCCUCCUCUUAAUACCAUCUCACCACAUUUGUACAUCCAUGCAUUUUAUUUUGCAUGAAGCCAUAUGAUCUAGGUUAUAUUAUUUAUUAGGAGUAAGUGAGCAUGAAGCCAUGAUGAGUAUGCAUUGAGAGAGAUGAAAAAAGGGGACAGAGAGAGAGCACAGGAACAUCUCAGGGUAAACUAUACUACUUUCCUUUAUUUACCCAUUCAUUCCGAAAUUGCCCUCCGGCAAUGAACUUUCAAAGCAUUUCCUUUUCAUCUUAGGUUCUAACUAUUAGAGACAGUUUAUAUGUUCUCUUGAGCACCAGGCUAAUGUCCAAGCCUCAUUUGAAAGUACACAUUUAUAUUUAAAGUCACUGGGUCUAAUAACAGCAUUCAUUUGUUUAGAGAGCAUUAAAUGUGCAUACAUGGCAUAUGGCACCACUUUGACUAGAUUUCUUCAGAUAAUUUAACUCUGAGAAUUUAUUGUUAAAAAAAUAAUAUCAAAAUCAACACCCCUAUGCAUUUUGUGCUGAAAUAUAUUACAAUCUGCUGAAAUGACAUUAAAUUCUAACUUGUGAUGUUCUAGUGAUUCUAUAAUUACAUAGUCUGAUUAAUGAAGUCACCUCUCUAGGAAAUUCAAAUUCUUCAGCGUUUCAUUGUUAGUUGUGGGACACUUUUGUGUAGAAGACGAACAUGUUUUUGGUGUGUACUGAAAUAAUAAAACAAAUUUUUUACUAAGACAAGCAUCAUCAGUUUGCUCCAUGCCCUUUUGUUAUUUUAAAAAGCCCAAUUCCCAUUAUUUAUUUAAACCCCAUCCACCUCCAUGACAGCACUUUCAAAGAAUUAGAUCUAAUUUUCAUACUGUCAAUGUACAAACAGCGCCGAACAAUAGACCCGCACUUUAUGAUUUUUUUCUUUCAACAACACGCACACACACACACACACACACACACACCUACACACACACACACACACACGGUGAGCUGGACAGAAAACAUUCUAAAGGGUGUGGAGCUUGGGAUCUCCUGAUGCUGAAGUGCCCAGGAUUGUUAGGCUUGGCUUUCCCAAUACUGGCACUAUAAAAAAUUAGUAAAUAAAUUAUAAUAAUUUAUUUGGGACAGUUUUUGUACUGCCAUUCAAUUUGACAUGAGUGUGCCUUGAAUAAUGAUCUUCCUAUUUAUUGUCUCAAACAAAUGCAACACUUUUUAUGACGCAUCAAAUUGAAUGAUAUUUAAAAAUAAAUAAAAAAAAAGAGAAAAGAAACAAAAAUUUAUAACUUUAAUGUGUAAUUUGACAGCUCAACAGAACUAUUUAAAUGGAUACAAAUGAAACAAUGCUGAGUUUUGGUUUAGGAUUAACCAGCACAAUAUUAAUGUGUCUGUUUGUGUAUAUAUGUAUGCAUAUGUACAUAUAAAGGCACAAACCUAUAUAUAGAUCUAUAUCAAAUUCCUCACUCACUUGGACAAGAGUCUGUCCCUCAACAGAAUAUUCCAAGAGUGGACAAAAGCCAAACAAAAAGUCAAGGAAGAGACUGGACAAAAAUCAGGAAAUGCAGAAACUAAAAAAAAAAAACAAAAAAAAAGAACAAAAAAAAAAAGAAUUUAGUGCACUCUGUCUUAAAAUAAGUUUACAGUAUUGAUACAAGUACAAGGGUAAAAUUAAUAUUUGUGUGUAUGUGUGUUUUAAACAAGUAUUUUUAAUUUUUUCCAGGUUUGCUUCUAAACUUUCUCUGAAUGCCGAAGUGGCAAUGUGUAUAUUGUUUUCUUUUUAUUUUCCUUUUCUUUUUUUUUCUUCCUUUUUUUCUUUUUCUUUUUUUUUCUUUUUUUUUUGGUGACGGGGUUUUAGUAUAUAUAUAAAUAUAUAUGAAUAUAUAUUACAUUUUUCUUGUUUACUGUAAAAGUAUACCAGUAUUUGUAAUAUUGGAGAAUGCCUGGGCAUUUUACAAAAAUAUAAAAAAGGUUGUUUUUUUAUUUUUUAUUUUACAGUCCAAUUUAAAUUGUGGGUCUCUUAAACUGUUUUUGUCACUGUAACUGUAUAAGUCUUAAGUUUUAGUAACUUUUAUUCUGCCUUGGGUGUAAUGAAAAAAAAAAAAUAAAUGAAUUAAAAAAAAAAUGACUGAGCUGUAACAAACUUGGAUUUGGUAGUGGAGUUUGGGGCUGUAGGGUGGCGGGUGGGUGAGUGGGUGCUCCAUUAACAGAGGGAGGCUUUCUUCCUUAAAAAUAAUGGAACUUUGGUUCUACUUUUCAGGAAAAACACACUGAAAAUCCUGACUUGUAUCUAUUUUUCUUCUUCUGGAAUGGAUUAUUCUUCAUGGAUGGUUUGAAAUACAUGUGUAGGCACUUGCUGUCUUUCCUAAGGAGCUUGUCUUUUUUUAACUUGUAGGCUAUGUGCAUCCUUUGUGAAUAGGGUACUCUGAGUACCUCAGGACGUCUUGCUCUUAUAUUAGAUGCUGGGGUGGGUGGGUGACUUUAUUCCAAUGACCAAUCCAACUUACCGGCUGCCACAAUCUGUUUUUCCUCUCAAUGUGCAGGAUAAACAGAUGAAUUUGUACUGUUGUAAUGAAUCAUGUUGUACAGAAUGGGAUCAAAAAAGGCUGUUAAACAGCCUUUCAGUGACAAAAACACAAGCUGAUGUUUUGUUUACCACUCCAUUGGUUGUAUAUAGUUUUCUAUGACUACGCUGUUUUCAUUUUGUUUCACUUUUUUUUGUUUGUGAUUUCUAACUGGCACUGGCAGUGACUUCGGGGAGGUGUGUGUGAGGGUGUAUAUGUGUGUGUGUGUCUGUCUGUCUGUCUGUGUGUGUGGGUGUGUGUGUGUGGGGGGGGUUUCUUCUGUUUGACCUUUGUGACCUCCAUGCCAGUUUUCAAGCAAACGCCUCCCCCGUUGAUAUUUCUCGGCAUGAGAACAGAGCACAAAUACAAGCUGUUACAAUUCUCCAUC